AGAGAUGUGCAGCAGUGCAACAGGAUGUGCUGUUUCUGAAUCUCUCCGUUUGGACCACAUUCAGUAUAACUAUUGCUGUCCCAUACUCUGCCGCUUGGAACUGUCAAGAAGCAGUUGACAUAACACACAUCGCAGCAACCACACUCUUCCCAGGAAGUGGCAACCUGCCAAUACGAUAAGUCACCAUGACUGUGAUGAUGAUAUGCAGUGCACACUGACUAUGUCAACUUGUAUGUAGACGUCCGAGCGUCACCUUCGUCAUUAUAUCCUCCAUGACCAUCCGUGCCCCCUACGCAUGCACGAAAAUGUUCUCAAUUCUUCCCCGUAACCACUUACGAGCGCAAGGGACCUUAUUCAUCGGUCUGCUCCUCUCUGGUUUCGUCUCUGCUGGACAGACCAACAGGACGAUCGAUGAUUUCUAUGGAGACUUCGUGACCGGUGUGCAAGUCGCUUACACUGGUGCCUGGAAUACUGGCCAGAAUUGCUCGUCGUGUGCCCUACGUCCGAAUGCGAACGACACAUAUGCGGGCACAUGGCACGACACGACUUCCAACUUUCCGAACGCUUCUAUUCCCGACUACCUGACCCUGCGGUUCAACGGAACCGCGGUUUGGCUCUAUUGUAUCGUUGUCAAUUCCCAGCCGGCCGUCGAGACUCCAAUCUUGACCAACAUCAGCGUCCACUUGGACGGGCACUUAGCGGAAACGUACCAGCAUGCCCCAGAUCCGAGUCAAGAGCAAUACAAGUACAACAGGACCGUCUUCAGUAUGACGAACCUCAGCAAUACGGAACAUACCUUGGUGAUGACAGCAGUGCAAGGUUCUCAGCCGUCAGUGCUACUGUUCGACCGGGCUGUAUACACUUUUGAUGAUGGCGAGCCAAGUUCGUCCAGCAGUGCUACAUCCACAUCGCAGACCUCAACGACUUCCAGCAGCGAACCACCCAGUAAUUCAACUCACCAUGGUUCUCCCACUGGUGCGAUUGUUGGCGGUGUACUCGGUAGUGUUGCCUUCGUUGCGCUUUGCCUCUGCUUCGUGAUCUAUUGGCGGAGGCGGCAAACGGUGCACUACGCAACAGACGACAUGGAUCACACGGCAAUCGAUCCAUUCGUUCCCUCUCGUCCGUUGAAUUACCCAGGUGCGGCUGUCUUUUUCCGUGAACAGCACUGUGCGAGUCGGUUCAUUCAAGACUCCAUGCCAGUAGACGAUAUGACGGUGCUCACUAUGGCCGCUAUCUCCGAGACCCCUCCCUCUUCCGGCACAAGCGACGCCCGCGUGUUUGACGAAAAGCGCAUCGAAGCGACCUCCACUUUACAUGGAGACAACCUGACGCGCGAGGCUCAUGACUUCAGACAGCAGGUCACAAUCGUACCCGCCGAACGGUCAGUGCUGACACCAGAAAACGGUUCGACGCUGUUGGGCAGUGCGUCUACGCCGGCCAGCACGGUUCCUGCACCUGCGUCAUUCCAGCGGUCGAACUCAGACAACGCUGAUCUGAGGAGGGAAAUGGCAUCGCUACGAGUGGAAAUGGCACAGUUGAGGGCGGAAGGAAUGCAAGAUGUCGGUCCACCACCUGCAUAUUAGCUUGAGGUUAGUAAUCACUUAGCGGUAGGCAACCUCUCGUACGAGUACGACAUUCUUGACGGGGAGGGGACGCUCGUGUCU